AUGGAAGCUAUGUCAAAUAAUAGAAAUAUUCUGUCGGGUGAUCCGGCUGACCCCCAGCGCUCAUCGAUAACCGGGUCGAAGAGUGUGCAAUGGGCUACCGAAGACUUCUCGAUAGUGAGUCAUCAGGCUACCGAGUCAGUUCAUGCUACUGAAGACAACAAAAAACCUUCCAUACGUCACAAACACAAAAUCGGCACAUGGAACGUUAGAGGCAUCCUGAAGCCUGGGAAACUCGAAGUCAUUGAGAAAGAGAUGAGGGAAUACCAACUUCUUAUAAUGGGACUAUGUGAAACCCAUAAAAAAGGAAGAGGCCAUUUCAAGACACCUGCAGGAAACACGGUCUUUUUCUCUGGACAUGAAACUGAGAGUAAGAACGGCGUGGGAGUCAUUAUGUCUCGGAAACUUGUCCCUCACAUUACAGGCUACAAUACAAUCAAUGACAGGAUCAUGACCAUAAGAAUCGAUAGCACCCCCAUUCCGCUUAACAUCAUUCAAGUCUAUUCGCCAACCGCCCAAUCAUCACAAGAAGACAUCGAUGAAUUUUAUGGAAUGCUACAAACAACAAUAGAAAGUAUCUCCAAGCGCGAAAUGACAAUAAUUCAGGGUGAUUGGAAUGCAAAGGUUGGAAGCACAGAACAGGAUGACCACAUCCGUCAUAUAAUUGGUAAAUAUGGGUUAGGAACAAGGAACGAACGGGGCGAGAAAUUAAUAGAUUUCUGUGUCAGUCAAGAGCUAGCAAUAAUGAAUACCUUCUUUAAGCACCACAAGCGUAAACUGUAUACCUGGAUAUCCCCCGGUGACCGGUUCCGAAACCAAAUUGACUAUAUUACCAUAGGCAAAAGGUGGAAAUCAUCAGUCACAAAUACCAGAACUUUCCCGGGUGCAGACUGUGGAUCUGACCACCAGCUACUAGUUGCAGAUAUUCGCUUGCGGCUAAAAUCCUGUCACAAAAACUCAAAACCGACGCGUAGACUAGCUCAGCUUGAAUAUGAAUAUUUCCAGAAUAAAACCGAACCAGAACUUACCCCCACUGAAAUAACGAAUACAAGUUCAGAGGCACAAUGGGAGUCAUUUAAAUCUAAGAUCGUAAAGGGCCUGGAAUCUAUGAAUAUAAAGUCACAGCCAAGGAAAGACUGGAUUUCAGAUGAAACAUGGAUUAAUAUAGGAAAGCGGAAAGAGUUGAAGAAAGGCGUGAGAUCGGUCGAUAAUCUGGACGAGUAUAGUACGCUCUACAAACUAAUCCAACGACAAUGUAGAAGAGACAAAAAUUACUACCUCGAGAACAUAUGCACCGAAAUAGAACACCAUGCGGAUAAAUAUCAGACCGGCGAUCUCUUCAGAAAAAUUAAACAAAUAAUCCGACACUGGCCUAAAGACUGGGUGCACUCGUCUAUACUGCCUCUCCACAAAAAGGGCUCAGUGCGCAAUUGUAGCAAUUACCGAACGAUAGCCCUUGUGUCGCACGCUAGCAAGAUCCUACUCCACGUCAUAAACAGCAGACUAAAAUCGUUCCUUGACUGGCAGAUACCUCAGGAGCAGGCGGGUUUUGUUAGGGGGAGGGGCACAAGAGAGCAAAUUCUAAACUUGCGACUCAUUGUAGAGAAAUGCUAUGAGUACAACACACCUGUCUUUAUGUGCUUCGUAGAUUAUCAGAACGCCUUUGAUUGCGUGAAAUGGGAGAAACUGUGGGAGACCCUAAGUGAAACAGGAGUUCCGAGUCAUCUUGUUAUGUUGAUUCGCAACCUGUACGAGUCGGGGGUUGGAUCUGUCUCUGUCGAAAAUGCCACUUCAAGUAAAUUUCGUUUCCAAAAAGGAGUCCGGCAAGGAUGUGUUAUCUCACCUAUUCUCUUCAAUAUAUAUGGGGAAUAUAUAAUGCGCCAGACUUUAGAAAAUUGGGAAGGAGGCGUUAGAAUAGGGGGAGUUCAGAUAACGAACCUGAGAUAUGCCGACGACACCACACUUCUUGCUUCAUCUGAGGCGGAGAUGAAGGAGCUUCUGGUCAGAUUAGAGGCUAUAAGCCUAAACAUGGGACUAGCAAUUAACAAAAGCAAGACCAAGCUGCUAGUCGUAGACCGCUUCUCAUCCAUUCAGCGUACGGACCUUUUGGCAGAAUACGAGGCCGUAGACCAGUUUGUCUACCUUGGUUCUGUGAUCACGGAUAAGGGGAGUUGUGAGCCUGAAAUACGCCGACGUAUUGGAAUGGCUAAAACAGCUAUGACGCAGUUGAGCAAAGUUUGGAAAGAUCAUUGGCAUCUUACGUCUAAUGCACCACAAACAUUGAACAAAGCUCAACGUAUACCGUAA